CUACAUUCUAUACAAUGGAUAUUAUUUUCCUAAUCGCUACUUUUAGUGCUCAGUCAUUCCCUAUAUGAAUAGGGGAACCUGCUUGACUCUCAGUUUCCACGGCUUGAGAUUUGCUUAUCUUUGGGCGGCAAUGUAUAGCCGGCUUACCUCGGCAUGCCGAACAGUUAGACAAUUUCUUUCCCAGUUACCAUAAAUCUAGACAUACGCUUCGAAGAGCAAGAGAUAAUGUCAUUCUUUUUCGGCCGUCGGCAUUCCCUCGCUGGCGCGUCACCAGAGAGCGAUGGCGUGCCUAGAGAUCCGAACCUGAGGCUGAGAAGAAGAGCGUCAGUUCCGAAUGUACCAACUCAGAGUCGGAAUGUUCACGACAGACGCAUGUUACAAGAUCUAUUUCGGAGGCAUCGAGAUUCUUCCGAGACAGAAGCGUCAACAGAGAGGGGUCAUGAUGUUAGUCAUGCAAAUUCCCCAAAUGCAUCUACAGAAAAAGCUACGAAAGACCAAACGGGGCCUCGGAGCUCUACACAGGCGCAUGAGCCACGUGGAAAAGAGAACGAUCACGAGGGUAGACCUCAUGUUACACCGUCAUCUAAUUAUUUGCUCAGCAAAGAAGACCUUGAGGCUCUUUUCUCUGGCGCUCCAUUCUUUCUCCUCGAGAGGGGCAACUAUGAUCAUCACUAUCCACAAGUCAUCUUCCCGUUCGAUGACCACGACCCCACCAUUCAGAAUAUGUGGGACAGAAAGCCACUCUCCCAUCCAUCUUUUAUUGUUUGUACGUUGCACGCUCAUCUCCCUAUUCCUGACAGGUGGGUGAGUACCAAGGAAUCCCCAAUUCAUCUGAACAGUUGGCGAAGGGCUGGAGGCUCUAAAAGAGCGACUUUCGACAUUGGGAUAUUCGAAGUGCCAAACAUGCUAUCGAUGAAUGGAAGAGAUCCAGGAGCGAUUGGAUUUCGUCAUUUUGUGGAGCUCCCGGUUGCGGAUGCUGUGCGCUAUCCUGAGAGACCAAAGUCUAACCUGGAUUAUCUGCAACUUUCCUCGAUGCCCGCUUCGCAGGUCUAUGAGCUAAUGGAACAUUACCAUGACAUAUAUACCAUGUCGGGGGGCGCCGGGUAUGAUCGAAAACGGCUACUCUGUGAGGGACCAUCUGCCUGGAAAAAGAUUGGUGUGCGAGAUAUCAAUUUACAAAGCUUGGUAGAGCGCCUGCGGACGUUGACAGAUCUUCGUCGCGAAAUGUUACAUGGGAAGAGAGAAGCAACGAUCCUUGAUACCGAGUCUGAGCAGGAUUUGUACAGCGACCUAUUCACUAAAUUUCUCUAUCCUCCUCCCAAGCCUCUGCUCGCGGAUGCUGUCAUGUCUCACAGUCUCAAAGCUCAAAUCAAGGCUCUGACAGUAACCCUCGCCACAAGGGGUGCAUGGGUGGACUUCAGUCUUCCCGAGUGGCGUUUGUAUGCAGGACAGUUGCUGUGGGAGGCCGGUCCACAUGCGGAUGGCGAUCUCUUAGACCCUACUACGUGCUCGAAACCUUGGAUGCACCCAACGAUUGAGCGUAGAUGGCUCCUUGUCCAGAUGCUCCUUGCUGCCGAAUUGCUUCUACGUCUCGAUGCUACUGUUAGGGUGGGGAUUCUGGAUAAUUCCAAGGCGUUACAUAUCACCGCCAAGGAUGUAGAUGAUUUCGAACACAUACGGGAUGGAAAAGUAGAUUGGGACCUGGUAGCCGUGCGGCGUUUUAUGGACACCUUCGACAUCAGCUACAAGGCUGACGAACCUGAUCAACUUGAUUUUGACCCCAUGAUACCAACAAGUCACCCGUGGGGUGAGAAGAAUCAUGAGAAGAACCACCAUUCUUUCUUUGAAAACCUGCUCCACCGAUCAUUGUCCGGUUCACCCACUGAGUCCAUCGAGUCAGCCUGGAGAUGCAGUUUAGUCCCAACAUUCCUCGACCAACAGCUCCAAGGAUUGUUUGCGUUCGCUGAGGAGAUUGACUGGCCAGGACUUGAUGCACUGAAAACGCGUUUGCAUUUUGUGAUUGGAGGGGGCCAGAUGGGGGCAGCCAUCGCCGAUGCGUUCAAUAAACCUGUGCGCAACGCGCUACCAGCUAAAGCCGGUGGGCCCCUUAAUAAGGAAGAAAUGCAUACCAGAAGCUUAUCUCGCCGGCGUAUAGCUCUCCAUUGCUCCAAAUAUCAGGCGGAUUCUGUGCAACUUGGUGGCUGGAUAACCCGAAGCUGGCUAUCCGGAUUUGUAUUUCCCGGAGAGCAGAUCAGCCACCUACUAAUGGCUACAGUACUGGAAAAUGACUCAGAUGCUAUGGCGAAACUAGGUCCCAUUGCAAACCUCUACGGCGGAUUCGCGUACAAAGGGAAGACCUGGUGGAGCAAAGAGUGCAUUGUUGGCCGAGUCCUGGCAAGCGUGGAAGACACCAAGGAAUGCUUAGGAUGGCUGAGAAGUCCGGUUGUGCCUAAAGAUGCUUGGACAAUCCAGUCGCUGGACGAUACGUGGUUUGAGGUUCCUGUGCAACCGGCUUUGGUGCUUUCUGGAAAACCACGCAUCCAACAGGGGAAGAAAAUGGCCAUGGAAUCGACACCACUCGGGCGUGGCGACCGGAGCAGUGGCGCAUUCUCCUUGCCGUUGGACGCUCCACCAGAGAAAUAUCCGAAGACGAAAGUGAGCUUCGAGGCGUUGACAUUCUCUGGAAAAGGUGGUCAAGCACUGAAAGGCACGCCACAUCUGAUGGCCGACAGGGUUUUCAUGACCUUUUCGGUGGCUUCAGAUACAAUGGACUUACCCAGGAAAGUCUCCUUCCAAUUGAGGUACAACGUCCGGUUUAUCACGUCUCACGAAUGUCGCCCGCCGGGCAACUUCACAUCGUAUCACAGCGCAUGUCCCGCUGGGAGUGGAACAUCGUCACCGUCCUCCAGCAGUUCAGGUGCGAGACACCAUCGUCUCCCAGGCCAUCCUCUCCUGAGCGCAUACUUAUAUAAACAUAUAACGCUUGAAUCUCUUCCCAACUGCCAUACUCCUGACGACACUUUCCUUGAAGGUGAUCACUACAAAAAGCACGAAGUGCUCAUUGUUGACGCGCGUGGCGGCCACGAGAGGGAAACGUUCGCCCGAGCAUGGUGUGCUUCCAUUGGCUAUAACGCCAUCAUUGGCAGAGUUGGCCGGACAUGUCUAGCGUGCUGCAUUAGAGAAGCCAGAGCCAUUAGUGUAAAGGUAGUUCUGCGCGUGGACGCCUGUGUCAGCCGAUCCUUGUCUCCUCCAACAUUGCCUGGCUUGAAGGAGAUCUGAUAAGUUCAUUAUCAUUUACUUCGCCGCUGAUGUCUGAACUCCUAUCGAAUAGGGGGAACCAGGCCAUAUCAUAUCGGAGAUUUUUUGGGGUAUAUAUAUCUGUAUUACAAUAAGAGGCCUGUCUUUAGUUUUUUUUCUCUUUCUUCUUGUUUUGCAUCCGCUAAUGGAACUAUUUUCCAAAUAAGCUCACACUUGACUCAAGUAUCAGGUCAACCAUGAAACAAUUGAACUUUACCAGAAGACCCAAAAAGGGGAAAACAAC